AUGAAGUACCCCGAGUUUGAGCAGGACUCGGACGACGACGACAGCGAGGAGGACGACGAGGACGACGAGGGCGACGACGACAUCAAGCUCCCCCAGAUCAUCACCAAGGAGACGAAGCAGAAGACCGAGGACAGCGAGGUCGUUGUCCCGGCUGCCGCCGCCCCGAAGAAGGAGGUGCCCGCCGCCGCCGCCAAGAAGGAGGAGAAGCCCGCCGCCAAGAAGGAGGAGAAGAAGGCUGGCCUUAAGACGCAGGUCAUCGCCGGCGGCCUCGAGGUCACCGACUCGAAGGUCGGCACCGGCGCGGCGGCCAAGAGCGGCAACAAGGUUGGCAUGCGCUACAUCGGCAAGCUCGAGAACGGCAAGGUCUUCGACUCGAACACCAAGGGCGCACCCCUCACGUUCACCCUCGGUCGCGGCCAGGUCAUCAAGGGAUGGGACCUCGGCGUCGCCGGCAUGCAGGUUGGCGGCGAGCGCAAGCUCAAGAUCCCCGCCAAGCUCGCUUACGGCAACCAGAAGAUCGCGGGCAUCCCGGCCAACAGCACGCUUCUUUUCGAUGUCAAGGUGCGUCCCGCGCUUCUCUCCGUCCAUCGACCGACCGCACAGCCCGACCUGACCCCUUCCUCGCGCCCGCACAGCUCGUCUCGCUCAAGUAAACGCGCUUGGCCCGACGACCGCCUACUCUAUCCCCUCCUGAAAAGCAUCGAGCUGUUGCGACCAAUGUCCGAGGUCUUUGCCGAGCGGCUGGAGCGAGAGCGGGGCGAACCUGGAGCGCGUCGACAGGACUCGGCGACAACGAGACGACUUUCUUCUGCUCAGACUCUCGCUUUGCCGACUCCUGCCUCAGCCAAACUCUCGAGCAAUGCUACUAGAGUGUAUUGCACGAUCCAGGUGGCCAAAGCACGGGAGGGCCGCGCGAGAAAGCUCUCAUCAGUUGCAGAGGAAGAGGAAGAGGACGAGGAGAGAGUCGUCCACACCCCGAGCCUGGACCCCCUUCACCGGCGCAAGCCUCCUCCAUGA